AUGCCUCGUAUUCGGAAAAAGACAUCGAAACGGGUGUCGCUCAAGCACCGGGCAAGCAUCCAGAAGAAGGUCAAGGAGACUCGGAGGAAGAGGGCCAGGGACGCGAAGAAGAAUCCCCAAUGGAAGUCUAAGCAUCCCAAGGAUCCCGGUAUUCCCAAUGAGUUCCCCUACAAGGACGAGAUCUUGGCCGAAGUUCAAGCACAACGACGAGCUGCAGCCGAAGAAAAGGAACGCAAAAAGGCCGAAAAAGCUGCUGCUCGCGCGGAGGCAAAAUCUGCGCGUGCAGACGAGGAUGUUUCCAUGGAUGAAGACGAGGACGAACUCCCCGCCGGCAAGAAUAAACUCGACGUUGGAGCUGAGGCUAUUGCUGGUCUGGCUGCCCAGGCUGUUAAAGGGCAGUUGAAGGAGGUAGAGGACGAGGAUAUCGAAGUCGAGGAGAGCGAUGGGGAAGAGGUCCCGAUUCUCAUCAAUCGCGACCUCCCAACGUUCGAGUCGGUGCUAGAAGCAGCAGAUGCGAUUGUGGAAGUUGUGGAUGCUCGGGACCCACUUGAAACGCGGAGCCAGUUCUUGGAGGAAUACGCGGCGGAGAAAAACAAAAAGUUGCUGUUGGUGCUGAGCAAGAUUGAUACUUGCCCGAGAGAAUCAGUUUCGGGCUGGUUGUCGCAUCUUCGAUCCCAGCAUGAAGCGGCGUUCCCAUUCCGAGCUUGCUCGGCUUUCAUCCCUUCAAACCCUGCUGAGGCUCCGUCCCAGCCAAUACCACCUAAAGGAAAAGGGAAAUCGACGGUUCCGUUGAGCGACGCUUUGGGUGUAGACUCAAUUCUCGCUUGCCUCGGCCAGUGGGCACAACAAAAGAAAGACACGAAAUCUGAUUCAGAGGCGCCCUAUACCAUUGCUGUGGCGGGGAUCACCAACGUUGGAAAGAGUUCGUUCAUCAAUUCCCUAUUGAAACAGUCGGCGUUGCCUGUCUAUACCCAGGCGAGCGCAUCAAGAGGGCCCACAACGACUGAGCUGCCCCAAGAGGUGACACUUGAAUCCAAUGGCCAGUCCCUACGGAUAAUCGAUACUCCUGGUGUUUCGUUCAUUUAUGAGACGGAUGAUGGCCUCAGCGGUUCCCUAGCGAGGGGCCGCGACAUCUUGUUGCGAAGCAGGGGAAGGAUCGACAGGCUCAAGGACCCCUCUCCGCCGCUGGACCACAUUACUCCAAGGUGCAAUCACGAAGACCUGAUGUUGCUGUACAAUCUCCCGGCGUUUGCCAAGGGCGACCAGACGGCCUUCCUAUCGGGCGUUGCGAGAGCCCAUCAGCUUGUUAAGAAGAGAGGAGAUCUAGACUUGGCAGGUGCUGCGCGGACAGUGCUUCGCGAUUGGAGCACUGGUAAAUUCGCUCGAUAUGCUCUUCCGCCACCGCCUUCAGCUUCGAAGGAUCCCGCCGCCGCCAGCGAGUCCGGACAGGACGCGUCAACGACAGAGUGGCUCCGAAAACUUUACGCGAAUGAUGAGGGUGUUUUGCAGACAUUAGCUCCAAGGAAAGAGCUGCGGAAGAGGGUUGGGUUGGUUAGGCUUUCGAGUGGGAGUGUUGAUGCUCGGAAGAUAGAAUUGAGCGAGACGUGGGCUGCUCUGGAAGAAAGUGACAGUGAGAGUGAAGGAGAGGAGGAUGUGGAUAUGUCCAUGGAGGUGGACGACGAUGAUGAAGAUGAGAGCGGAGAGGAGGAUGACGAGGAGGAAGGUUUUGAUGAAGACGAGGAGGAAUCUGGCGAGGAAGAGGAGGAAGAGGAGGAAGAGCCGGUUGUUUCGAGCAAGCGGAAGCGGAAGGCUGGUUCCAAAACCAGUGCGCCUCCGGCGAAAAAGGUCGCGUUUGCACCCACCACGACGACAAGACCAUCCAAGUCUCAGCCUAGUUCCAAGGAGAAGACCUUGACCAGCGUUCUGAAGAAAUCUUCGGUCGCCUCGACAACGACAGCGACAAAGGCCUCCAGCGCUGCAAAGCCUAAAGGUAACAAGGCCGAGGCACACAAAAAGGUCGCCAACAAGGCGGCUUCUGCAAAAUUGAAGGACAACCAAUCCGGAGAUAGUUACGACUUUUCCAAGUUCUUCAAAUGA